CCGAGCCCGGGAAGGCCGUUCCUAACGCGCCCGUUGCCGGUUACUUGCACGGCUUUGGAUGGUGAAGAUCUCCUGGCAUCACGAUUCAUGGGCAAGAAUAAGGCAGAAAGUUCUACUGCAGCUUCAAAUUGAAGAAGCAGCAAACAACAUGGAAUUAAGGAAGCUUUGGAAUCACCUMAUCGGCUACAAAUAAUGUGUUUUUUAUUUUCCAUGCCUGGCUACGUGAUUGCAGUAGCAUCUGGGAGAAAACAACGCUCUCCUGGUGACUACUGGAGAGGUACCUUGCUACUACACGGCGUGUGGUUCUUCUGUGAAGCCCGAAAGUGAAACAGAACAUUAUCGAAGCGCAGCAGUCAAACAUCUGCGCAUCUUCUGGGAAUUUARAAAGCUACAAUAAAACAGCCGAGAAAAGGACAAUCACAGGAAGUCAGACUUGUAUUCUGAACAGGCUAUUAUAAUGGUAAGCUCUAACUGUUCCACUGAGGACUCCUUUAAAUAUACUUUAUACGGAUGUGUAUUUAGCAUGGUGUUUGUUCUCGGCCUCAUAGCAAACUGCGUUGCCAUCUACAUCUUUACAUUCACAUUAAAAGUGCGAAACGAGACUACAACUUACAUGCUUAACUUGGCAAUAUCUGAUCUGCUUUUUGUGUUUACAUUGCCCUUCAGGAUUUAUUACUUCGCAGUAAGAAACUGGCCCUUUGGAGACAUUCUCUGCAAGAUUUCGGUCACGCUGUUUUACACCAACAUGUACGGCAGCAUCUUGUUUUUGACGUGCAUAAGCGUCGACCGCUUUCUGGCCAUAGUUCACCCCUUUCAGUCGAAGACUCUUCGAACCAAAAGAAAUGCAAAAAUCGUCUGUGCUGCCGUGUGGAUCACGGUGCUGGCAGGGAGCACCCCCGCGAGCUUUUUCCAGUCUACAAACCGCCGCAAUAACACCGAGCAAAGAACGUGUUUCGAAAACUUUUCGGAGGCCACAUGGAAAACCUACCUAUCCAGGAUUGUGAUCUUCAUCGAGAUCGUGGGGUUCUUCAUCCCGCUCAUCUUGAACGUGACCUGCUCUACCAUGGUCUUGCGGACUUUGAAUAAGCCACUUACGUUAAGUCGGAAUAAACUAAGCAAGAAAAAGGUACUUAAAAUGAUUUUUGUCCAUUUGCUGAUAUUCUGCUUCUGUUUUGUGCCAUAUAACAUUACCUUAAUACUCUACUCCCUCAUGAGAACACAGACCUUGAUCAACUGCUCAGUGGUAACUGCAGUGAGGACCAUGUACCCCAUCACCCUGUGCAUUGCUGUUUCUAACUGCUGCUUUGACCCUAUCGUGUACUACUUCACAUCAGACACGAUACAGAACUCCAUCAAAAAGAACAGGUCCACUAGGACCGGAGACACCAGGUUCUCCGAAAUGCACGUUUCGGAAAACUUCAUUCAGCACAGUCUCCAGACCAUAAAAAUGAAAAUAUUUGACAGUGACUCAACAGUAUAAACUGGACAAGGUAAAAGGACUUGUUGGGACUAAACUGGAACUAAAAGCUGGCACAUUUCCUCAGCUGUGAAAACAGAUUUUGGUCUGUAAGUGUUACUCUUCCUACGCAUCAGAAAAAAAAAAAAUGUAUGAUAAAUUUGUAAAUAGUAGUUGUAAAGAUGUUAAUAGUAUAUAUAAUUGUACACAGAAAAAAUAUUGUAAACAAAUCCUGACAAGUGU